UUGCCAUGACCAUGCACAAAGCCCCUCUCAGGAGGUGGGAAUUCCUCCUCCUAGGCCCGAAAGGGUAAUCUCUCCACGCCGCCUCCAGAGACUGGGAACUACAUUACCCAGAAGGCCCCGCGGCCACAGCAGCCAAUGAGAGAGCAGGCCGUGGCCUGGCCGGGGCUGGCUGUGCUGGGUCCUCGCUCAGGCGUCUUUUUCCAGCUUCACUUGGGAGGGAGGGGACGGGAGCGAGAGGGCGCGGAGGAGGCGGUGUCCCCGCAGCGCAGACGCGGGUGGGAAGCUCACGAUUGUGACGCUCGGCGACCCCGCGAGGGACCCGCUUCCGGGCGGGACGGGGUCCCCUCCUCGCCCGCCGGCCCCGACCGCUGCGCCCAGAGAGUCCGAUGGCGGCGGCCGCGCCGAGGCGCCCGGCUGAGGCCUGUGUGACCUUUGAUGACGUGGCUGUGUACUUCUCCCGGGAGGAGUGGGCCCUCCUCGAUAAGGCUCAGAGACGCCUGUACCGCGAUGUGAUGCUGGAGAACUUGGCCCUUGCAUCCUCUCUGGGUCACUGCUGUGGAGCAGACGAUGCAGAAGCUCCCUGUGAACAGCGUGUUUCUGCAGGAGUGUCACAGUCCAGCCCCUCCAAGGCAGCUCUGUCUUCCCAGAAGACCCACCCCUGCGAGAGCUGUGGUCUAGCCUUGAGAGACAUACUCCAUUUGGCUGAGCACCAAGGAACACCACACAGCCAGAACGUGGUUAGGUGUCGGGUGUGUAUGAAAGAAUUUUACUUGGGUGCAAACCUCCAAAUACACGGGAAAGAGAGAAAAUCUUGUUUUACCUGCGGAGAAUGUAAGAAAGCCUUCAGUCUGAGACACACACAUGCUCAGGACCAAGAUUUUUACACUGAAAGAGAUUGUUUUAUGUGCAGUGAAUGUGGGAAGACAUUCAGCGAUCAGUCUUCACUCGCCGUUCACCAGAGAGUGCAUACAGGUAAAAGCCUUCACGUGUGUGGCCAAUGUGGCCAGUCUUUUAGGCGAACCUCAGCCCUCAGUCAGCAUCGAAGAUUUCAUUGCGGGCCAGGGCAGUCCAAGUGCGGCAACUGUGGGAAGCCCUUUCACCCAAAAUCUGUCCUCAUUUAUCCCUGGAGAAGUCACACUGGGAAAACAUGUGACUUGUGCCGUGAAUGUGCACCAUCUUUUAGCCGGAGCGCCAUCCUCAUUCGACAACGGACAGUUCACUGUAGAGAAAGGCGUUAUGAGUGCACGCAAUGUGGGAAGUCCUUUAGAAGGAAGUUUUACCUCAUUCUGCAUUGGAGAGUUCACACUGGAGAUAGGCCUCAUGAAUGCCGUGAGUGUGGGAAAUCUUUCACCAGGAGGUCAGUCCUUACUCUGCACCGGAGAAUGCACACGGGAGAAAGGCCUUUUCAGUGCAGAAAAUGUAGGAGAACCUUUACCGGUAGUUCCAUACUUAUUCUACAUCAGAGAGUUCACACAGGCAAAAGGCCUUAUGAGUGCAGUGAUUGUUGGAAAUCCUUCAGCCAACAAUCUUACCUCACUCAACACCAGAUAGUUCAUAGUGGAAGACAUUCUUAUGAGUGUAGUGAAUGUGGGAAAGCUUUUAUCUCUCGCACUGGCCUUAGUUACCAUCUGAGAGUUCACUCUGGAAAAAGGCCUUAUCAGUGCAGUAAAUGUGACAAAUCUUUCACCUCUCACCCGGGCCUGCGUUACCAUCUGAGAGUUCACACUGGAAAAAGACCUUAUCAGUGUAGUGAAUGUGGGAAAUCUUUCUUAUGUGGUUCCUACCUCAGUAUUCAUCAGAGAGUACACACAGGAGAAAGACCUUAUGAGUGCAGUGAAUGUGGUAAAUCCUUUCUCCGAAGACAUCACUUUCUUACACACCAGAGAAUUCACACAGGAGAAAGGCCUUAUCAGUGCAGUGAAUGUGGGAAAUCUUUUUCAUCUGGUUACAAUCUCAGUAAUCAUCAGAGAGUUCACACAAAAGAAAGACCCCAUCAGUGCAGUGAAUGUGGGAAAUCUUUUAUCCUAAGACAGCACCUUCUUGUACACCAGAGAGUUCAUGCAGGUCAAACGCCUUACCAGUGCAGUGAAUGUGGUAAAUCUUAUUGUUCAAAGUUCAACCUCAUUCAACAUCAGAGAGUCCACACAGGAGAAAGGCCUUAUCAGUGUAGUGAAUGUGGGAAAUGUUUUACCUCAAGCUCUGUCUUUAAUUAUCAUAAGAAAGUUCACACUGGAGAAAGGCCUUAUCAGUGCAGCGAUUGUGGGAAAUCUUUUUUAUCAAGUUCCAACCUCAGUACUCAUCAGAGAGCACACACAGGAGAAAGACCCUAUGAGUGUAGUGACUGUGGGAAAUCCUUUUUCCGAAGGUAUCACCUUCGUACACACCAGAGAGUUCACACAGGAGAGAGGCAUCAGUGCAAUGAAUGUGGGAAAUCUUUUGCAUCUGGUUUUAAUCUUAGAAAUCAUCAGAGAGUUCAUACAGGAGAAAAGCCUUAUGAGUGCACUGUAUGUGGGAUAUCUUUUACCACUCAGAGGAAGCUUCGUUAUCAUCGGGUAGUGCACACUGGAGAAGGGCCCUAUGAGUGCCGUGAAUGUGGGAAAUCUUUUACCUCUCAUUAUGCCCUCCGUGAUCAUAAGAGACUUCAUACAAACAAAAAACCUUAUGAAUGCACCAAAUGUGGGAAAUUGUUCAGAGCAAAUUCUCACCUCAUUGAACACUGGAGAGUUCACACUGGAGAAAAACCUCAUCAAUGUGGAGAAUGUGGGAAAUCUUUUUCAUCAGGCUCUGGCCUCCGUUAUCAUCAGAGUAUUCACACCGGGUUAAGACCUCAUGAGUGUGGUGAAUGUGGGAAAUCUUUUCUCAGGAAAUCAACACUCAUUCGCCAUCAAAGAACUCACACAGGAGAAAGGCCUUAUGUGUGCAGUGGAUGUGGGAAGUCUUUUAUGCAGAGACACCAUCUUCUUGUACACCAAAGGGUUCACACAAAAUAAGGGCUUUAUGAUUGCAGUGAAUGUUGCAAAAACUUUAAGGAUAGUUCCUAGUCCCAUUAAUUCUGGAGCAUUCACACUGGAGGUAGGCAUUUCAGUCCAAAAAUGGGGGAAAGUUUUAGCCAUAAUUUUUACCUUUUUUUUUUUUUAAUCCUCACCGGAGAUAUUUUUCCAUUGGUUUUUAGAGAGAGGGAAAGACAGAAAUAUCAAUGUGAGAGAAACACAUCAGUUGGUUGCCUUCUGCGUAAGCCCUGACCAGGCCAGGCCAGGGAGGAGCCUGCAACUGAGGUACAUGCCCUUGACCGGAAUCGAACCCAGGACCCUUCAGUCCCCAGGCCAAUGCUCUAUCUGGUUAGGGCAGUGGUCGGCAAACUGCGUCUCGCAAGCCACAUGCGUCUCUUUGGCCCCUUGAGUGUGGCUCUUCCACAAAAUAUCACGGCCUGGGCAAGUCUAUUUUGAAGAAGUGGUGUUAGAAGAAGUUUAAGUUUGACAAUUUGGCUCUCAAAAGAAAUUUCAAUCGUUGUACUGUUGCUAUUUGGCUCUGUUGACUAAUGAGUUUGCCGACCACUGGGUUAGGGCAAUUCUUACCUUUCUUAAUACCUGAGUCUUAAUGUAGGAAAAAGGUCCUAUGAGGUUGGUAAAUGUAUUUAUGGAGUGUGUUAUUGUCUAAGAGAACAUGUAGGAUGUGAGCUCUAUGGUGUAGACAGGGGUCCUCAAACUUUUUUUUUUUUUAAUAUAUUUUAUUGAUUUUUUACAGAGAGGAAGAGAGAGGGAUAGAGAGUUAGAAACAUCAAUGAGAGAGAAACAUCGAUCAGCCGCCUCCUGCACACCCCCUACUGGGGAUGUGCCCGCAACCAAGGUACAUGCCCUUGACCGGAAUCAAACCCGGGACCCUUGAGUCCGCAGGCCGAAGCUCCAUCCACUGAGCCAAACCAGUAUUGGCGGUCCUCAAACUUUUUAAACGGGGGGCCAGUUCACUGUCCCUCAGACCGUUGGAGGGCUGGACUAUAGUUAAAAAAAACUAUGAACAAAUUCCUAUGCACACUGCACAUAUCUUAUUUGGAAGUAAAAAAACAAAACGGUAAAAACACCCGCAUGUGGCCCGUGGGCCGUAGUUUGAGGACGCCUGGAAUAUGAUUAUUUUACCCAUAGCUUGACACUCACCUCCAGAGAGUUCAUCCAGGAAAUGGCGUUAUGAGUGCAGCGAAUGUGGGAAAUUUCCCCCCAAGUAUUUACCUUAUUAUAAAAUGUGAAAUUCACGCUGGGUAAAUACCUCCGAUGUGUAAGGGAAUGUGCAAUUUUCUUGUUCAUUAAAUGACCCUGGAAGAAGCCAUCUGUCUGAAUUCAAUCUCAUGUUUCCAGUUGUCACAGGAAAUUCACUUUAAGUUUCAGUCAUGUAGGAAACAUGUAUAUCUGUGUGUGCUUUGUAACCUGCCUAGGACUGCUUGCCAUUUUCUUUUGUUAAAGCCAUUUUUUUACUCUACCGCAUGGUAGGUUCCCACCUGUCCAUUACCAUCCUCAUGUGCUCAGGGCAGCUGGCCUCUGUUCUCUUACAUAUUGGUGAAAAUUAGGAGUCACCUGAGCUCUGUGGAGUUCACCUUGGGCAGGAACCCGACCCAUUGUUGGAUCGGAGAAUAUCACCUGAGUCUGGCUGGCGGGCUGUGUGCUCCCAUGAAUUUUUUUUCAGCUUACAAGUCACCAACCUGAACUGUUGACUACACAUUGCUUUGGUUUGUACAAUAUUGUUUAUGUCUGUAUGGUAUAUCAGUUCUCUUUCAUUUUGGGUGACUUAUAUGCUUGUUAUGCUGUGUGGGGUGUUUUAUAAACAGAUU